CCGAUGACAUCCCCCGAGGGCACAGCGGUGCUCAGCCCACGCAGGGAUCAAGAGUCCUAUAAACUCUUCUUGAUAUUUAUUAUUACAUAACUAAAAUCGUUAAUUAACUACAGAACCAGAAAUGAAAACAAUGUUUUUUGUAUAUUAUAAAUAAAUAGAUUGUUUAACUAGUUUCUAUACGGUUCCUUGAUUUUGUAUUACGCAUAUAAAUACACUUUAAUUGUUAUUAAGUUGAUUUUGUCUAGAACGCCUUGAAAAGCGGCUAGCAUUAUGUUUAAGAUAAUCAUUUUAUUCUUAUUUUCUGUGUUUAUUGGUGUACAACCCGUUCCAACUUUAGCUUUUCAACAAUGUAAAAAGACCGAUGUCCCCUGCCUAAAUAAGAAUAUAGACACUAUAUUCAAGCAGUCUAUAAAAGGAGAUCCAGAUUUAGGUAUCAAAACUUUAGACCCAAUGCACCAUGACAAAGUAGUUGGGGAAUUAGGUGUCAUUGAAUACCAGUUGUAUAACAGUACUGUUGAUGGAUUCUCAAACUGUAAUGUGGUUAACACAAAACUGGACUUGGAAAAACGCGAAUUCAAUUUCCGCAUUGUAUGUCCACUUCUAGUAAUGUAUGGGGUUUACAACAUAUCUGGUACACUUAUAGUGAUGCCAAUAGAAGGACUUGGAGACUAUAAACUUAUAUGCAAAGGUUACGACAUACAAGUUGAAACUGAUAUAAAGAUUAAUCAAGAUAACGAUGGAAUGAAACAUAUGACUGUGAAAUAUUUUAAAGUUGAUGGUGAAUUAACUAUAGGAAUGACUACUGAUCUCCAAAAUCUGUUUGAUGGAAAACAACCACAGCUAGCCAAAGAUGUUCUUAAAUUUGCAAAUGACAACUGGGACCCGGUAGCCAAGCUGCUCCAAGGUCCAGUGUUCGGCGCUAAUUUUGCGAAGAUAACCAAGAAUAUUAACAAAUAUUUGAAGCAUAUUCCAUUGAAUCAGAUUAUAGAGGAAUAAGGUUUAUUAAUGUUAUUAAAAAUGUUA